AUGAGAGAGACGAAGAUCCCUGAAAGCUAUGUGAGAGUGGUGCAAGAUAUGUAUGAAGGGUGCACUACGAGAGUCAGAACUGCAUGGACAUCAGAAGAGGAGCACCAUGGGAUAUGUUGUUCGUUGAUGACGUGGCGACAUGCCCUGGAAAGACGCGGCAUGAGAGUGAGCAGGAAGAAAACUGAGUAUCUUUGCACAAGUGGAGGUCAGAAAGAAGAAGGUACCAUCAGAAUUGGAGAUGUCCAACUGAACCGAGUGAAGGAUUUCAAGUAUCUAGGUUCAACCGUACAAGAAGAUGGGGGCACCGAGCAGGAAAUUGCGAGGAGGAUCCAGUCGGGAUGGAAUAGGUGGAAGAAGAUCACCGGAGUUGUAUGUGACCGCAAGGUGCCAGACAAGGUGAAGGGAAACCUUCACAAGCUCAUGGUCAGACCAGCGAAGUUAUAUGGAUUGGAGACGGUCCCUCUAACAAAGUCGCAGGAAAGGAAACUAGAGGUGGCAGAGAUGAGGAUGAUGAGAUACGAAGUCGGAGUAAUUAGGUUGGACAAGAUCAAGAAUGAGACUACUAGAGAAAUACUGGGAAUUGGGCGAUACGGUUGGUUUUGGCAUGUGUAUAGGAGGGAUGAAGGGUACGUGGGGAAGAGAGUUAUGAGUAUAAUAGUCGGAAAAAGAAAGAAGAGGCGACCCAAGAGGCGGUGGAUAGACUGCAUUAGAGACGACAUGAGGAGCGUCGGGCUACAGGAAGAGGAGGCCUCAAACCGGAAUGCUUGGAAGGGAACAAGCCAGUAG